AUGAUCUACGAUGUGAGUGACUGUUACUUUUUUCUUAAUUAAAAAGUGUUGUCAAAUCGCAAUUAAAUUUUUUUACAGUACUUGAUUCUGGGGGUUUCGAAGGUGGUGAUGUUGAAAAUCAUGUUCAUUUUUUCUCUGUAUGGUACUAUAUAGUACGAGGUAAAAAUUUGGCCUUAGGCAUCAAUGAUAUUGUUUUGGUGCCUAGUACUCUUCAAAAACACGUCUUAUAAGAACGUGGUACUAUAUAGUACUUUCUGGUACUAUAUAGUACAAGGUGAAAAUUUGGCCUUUAGGUGUCAAUGGUUUUGUUUUGGUGCUUGGUACUCCUCAAAAACACGCCUUACAAGAACGUGGUACUAUAUAGUACUUUCAGGUACUAUAUAGUACAACAUGAAAGUAGAUUAGCCAUGUGCAAAAUACAGCUUAAUUUUUAUUCUGAACAUUCCAAAAAUAUUCAAAUUUCAGGUGUUCAUAAUCAUCCUCAACAUCGUUCUUGUCGCUCUUACAAUUGUCAUCUACUUUUUCGCCAAAAAAGAGGCCAAACCGGAGGACCCGGUCUGGCUGAUACUUGUUCUCUCAACCUUCCUGUUUGUUUGGGCGCUUGUGAACAUUGUCCUCGAACACAUUGUGGUCAAAUGCUACAGAGCGAGCCAAUUUGACUCAGUCAGACUGACUGUAUAA